CACGGACGGAAACUCGCCGCAAUCAGAAAGCGACAAACGGAAACACAACGCCACACAUAAAGCCGCACGCCCGCCACCAGCCCAAGCACACCGACCACCAACAACAACCAGCCUCACCGGCCUCCGCACCACCACCACCCAACAGCACCCACAGCCACACCAUGGCUGCGCUCACCACCCCACAGCACCGCCUGGGCCACGCCGCCCCGACCCUUCUGCUCCUGCUCACCGCUCUCACCGCCGCCCUCGCCUGCCAACACCUCUGGAUCCACCACGACACCUUCCCUUGGGAACAACUCCAGCUCCUCGACCACAUGGCUCCCAACUCAACGCACACCUGUCAACUCCAGAACCCGCCCUUCUUCCCCGACACCCUCCGACGCAACAACCUCAACCCGCAACAAGCCGUCGCCGCCGCCCUACGCAUCCUACAGCACCUCUUCCACACCCUCAGCGCCAACGGCACCUCCCAGCACUGGCACACCCAGACACGACACCGCCUCCUCAACCAACUCCAGCACCACAUCCACCGCCUCGAGCAAUGCCGCCCCGACAACGCACGCCUCUUCAAAGGACCCCGCAACCCCCUCACCGCCAUCAACAAGUACUUCAAGGACAUCCACCUCUUCCUCCACGCCCACAACCACACCGCCUGCGCCUGGGACCACGUCCGCCUCGAAGCUCGCGCCUCUUUCCAACACCUCCACAACCUCACACGCACCAUCCGACGACACCCCAAACACACACACACCCCCACCACCACAACACCCCUCUGACACCCACCACACGCACCCACCUCUCCCCUCCCGCCUCCCCUCGCCCCACACAACACACACCGCUCACACAACCCACCCACACCCUCCAACCCCUCACCCUCUCUUUAGA